AUGGAGGUCACAGGUUCUUCUACUGUGAAAAUUGGACCAGAAUAUAAAAGAUAUAAACCAAACAUAGGCAAGGAUCCUACAGGGGGAAUGAGAUUUGCUCCUAUAAGAAGAGUAGAAUAUCUCAGUAAUAAUGAAAUCACAGAUGAAAAUCCUUAUUUGGAUGUAAAACAACGGAAUGAUGGACAGUUUGUGGUGGUAGAAAAAUAUCCAAUGACUCAUCGCAAUAGAAAUGUUGGAAGAGUCACCAAUGUUCAAGCAUCUCUGGCAAACUCUGGGGUGAAAUUUCGAACGAUAAAACCCAGAUGGGUAUAUGCCAUUAAUGGUGAAUUUUUGGGUCGGACUGAUGCACUGAAAUUGCCUUCUGUGGAUUUAGGGUGGACUAAAAAGUCUAAAUGUGGCUCAAUGGACCAGUAUUACCACAAACCUGGAGGUGGCACAAAAAGAAUAUUCAGUGAAAGUCGUAAAUGGAAUGAAAAUGCCAAAUCAAAAGUUGGAUCUUUAGAAAAUGUUAGUUUUGGAAAGUUUCGAAGUCGUAGUUAUCCUUCUUAUGAAAAUUAUGGUUUGUAUUUGCCUGAUAUUUCUCCACGAUUCGAAGCUCAGGCUCAUACAGAAUGUAGAAAUAAGAUACAUUAUAUACCAGGCAAAGAGAACGUAAAACCUCCGCGAAAUCCACGAUAUGAAGAGACUGAAUCACAUGUUCGUUCAUUAGACAAUAUGCAUCAUAUAUCUCAGGGAGGAAACGUCAUUCUGCCUAAUUAUAGGAAAGAUUGGAAGGAACCCACAGAAUCUAAAGUCAGAUCUCUGGAGUUCAUCCAUCAUCAACCUGGUGGCGGAAAUUUCCAACUGCCUCAAAUUCGGAAACAGAAGUGGACAGUUAAAUCAAAAGUUGGAUCAUUGGACAAUAUACAGCAUGAGCCAGAUAAGCAUCGCAAAAAAGUUCCUCAUUUUCCAAAAACCUGGAAAGGCCAUUCCAAAAUUGGGUCUCUGGAUAAUAUAAGUCAUAAGCCUGCAGGAGGUCAGGUUUCUCUUCCUAAACGGUCUAUUCGCUGGAGGGGUCGAUCAAAGGUCAACUCCAAACCUCCAAUUAAAACUAUAUAUGAAAGAGAGGAAUCUGAUUAUUCAUUAGAUUCUUUAGAUUAG